CUCCUCCCCCUUUUUUUUCACAAAGUUAAGUUUUUUUUUUGUGGUCUUUAAGUGUAAAAAAAAAAAAGGAAUAAUGGCAACUUGUGACGCAGUAUUGGAAUCACUCUCUAAGCUUUCAAUUACACCAAAGACCGUUUCCCAUGUUGCUGUCAAUGACAAUAAAUCAUGGGCUGAAGCUUUGAGUAACAAUAAUGAGACAUUUGAAAUGACUAAAACUUUGAUUCUCAAGCCUAAGACUGCUAAGACUGCUCCCACUACACCUGUUGUUGUAAUUGCUCUGGAAUCUACAGAGACAAAUGCUACUGCCCUUGGUAAAAAGCUUUCAUUGAAAGAUUGUCGUUUUGCCAAUGAGGAAUUGCUCAAGUCCACCUUUGGUGUCGACAAAGAUUCUGUUUCUCCUUUUGCUUUGUCGAAUGUUCAAGAUAUUUCAUUGAUUCAUCUUGUUGUUGACAACACUCUUUUGAAUCUUCCUGCCUCUACUUUAUUAGCAUUCCAUCCUUCUGCUGCUGAUAAGACUGUUUUCGUUUCUGUUGAGGAAUUGAAGUCUUAUUUUGCUUCCCUUAACAAGGAGUUUAUUGAAGUUGAUUUCAAGGAAUUGGCUGCUGCUAAGCCUCCUGCUACUGAUGCUAAGAAGCCUGCUAAAGCCCCUAAGGCUUCUAAGAAAGAAGUCACUUCCUCCGAAGAGUUUAAUCAAAUGGGCCUUGGUUGUAAGAAAGAUGAAGAUUUCCCAAAAUGGUAUCAACAAGUUUUGACCAAGAGUGAAAUGUUAGAAUAUUAUGAUGUUUCUGGUUGUUAUAUUCUUCGUCCUUUAGCUUAUAAUAUUUGGAAGGAAAUUACCAACUUCUUUGAUGGAGCUAUUACCGAAAUGGGCAUUGAGGAUACUUAUUUCCCUAUGUUUGUUUCUAACCGUGUUUUGCAGCGUGAAAAGGACCAUAUCGAGGGCUUUGCUCCUGAAGUUGCUUGGGUUACCAAGGCUGGUAGCAGUGAUCUUGAAGAACCUAUUGCCAUUCGUCCUACUUCUGAAACUGUCAUCUAUCCUUAUUUUGCUAAAUGGAUUCGUUCUCAUCGUGAUUUGCCCUUCCGUAUUAAUCAAUGGUGUUCUGUUGUUCGUUGGGAAUUUAAAAACCCUCAACCCUUCCUCCGUACUCGUGAAUUCCUUUGGCAAGAAGGUCAUACUGCUCAUUUAACCUUGGAAGAUGCUGAUAAGGAAGUGAAGGAAAUCUUGGAUCUCUAUGAACAAGUAUAUAGUGACUUGUUGGCUUUACCUGUUGUUAAGGGUGUCAAGUCUGAAAAGGAAAAGUUUGCUGGUGGUUACUAUACGACUACCGUUGAAGGUUAUAUUCCCGCCACAGGUCGUGCCAUUCAAGGUGGUACCUCUCACUGUCUUGGUCAAAACUUCAGUAAAAUGUUUAAUAUCACUGUUGAAGAUCCCUCUGCUCCUGCAAAUGAAAGUGAAGAAGCCAAGAAGAUUCAUGUCUGGCAAAACUCUUGGGGUAUCUCCACUCGUACAAUUGGUGUCAUGGUCAUGACUCAUGGUGACGAUAAAGGUUUGGUCUUGCCUCCUCGUGUUGCUAUCAUUCAAACUAUUAUCAUUCCUUGUGGUUUAACCGUCAAGACAACCAAGGAGGAAUCAGACAAGAUCUUUGAUGCCUGUCAAGCCGUUACCAGCCGUCUUAAGAAGGCUGGAUUCAAGUCCAAGGCCGAUCUUCGUGAAAACUAUACCCCAGGUUUCAAAUUUAAUCACUGGGAAUUGCGUGGUGUUCCUCUUCGAAUUGAAGUCGGUCCUAAGGAUUUGGAAAAGAAUCAAGUCACGUGUGUUCGUCGUGAUACGGGUGCUAAAUUCCCUAUCUCCCUUGAUAACCUAGAGGCCGGUGUCAGAGAGUCUCUUGAUACAAUUCAACGUGAAAUGUAUGAAAGAGCAGCCAAGAAGAUGGAAGAAAACAUUGUUCGUGUCUCUAAAUGGGAUGACUUUGUUCCUAACCUUAACAACAAGAAGUUGCUCUUGGUCCCCUGGUGUGAUCGUAUGGAAUGUGAAGAUGACAUCAAGGAACGUUCUGCUCGUGUUGCCAAUGAAGAUGAGGAAGAGGAUGAACGCGCUCCUUCUAUGGGUGCUAAAUCCCUUUGUAAACCAUUCAAGCAACCUACUGAAGAUCCUAUUAUUCCUGGUGUAACUAAAUGUGUUGCCUGUGACCACGACGCUAAGCACUUUAUGCUUUUCGGUAGAAGUUAUUAAAAAAAAAAAAAAAAACUUUUUUUUUCUUUCUUUCUUUGUUUGUUAUAUAUAGACAUAUGUAUAUGUAUGUAUGUAUCUUGUAUAAAUUAAUAUAUGUAUAAAAUAAAAAAUAAAACAAAGGUUUUAUUGUUCUAUAUACAUGUA